AUUUGGCUCACCAUAUUUACUAGACACAGAUUGAAAGAGAAGGGAAAGACGUCACAAUUAUAGCUUUCUCGAACAUGGUUGGCUAUGCUCUUAAGGCUGCUGAAAUACUUGAAAAGGACGGAAUAAAUGCAGAGGUUAUAAACCUGCGUUCUAUUCGACCACUAGAUAGAGCUACAAUCAAUGCUUCAGUUAGAGAAACUAACCGUCUUUUCACUGUUGAGGAGGGGUUCCCUCAACAUGGCAUUGGUGCUAAGAUCUGUGCAUCUGUUGUUGAAGAUAGCUUUGGUUAUCUCGAUGCACCAGUCGAGAGGAUUGCAGGGGUCGAUGUUCCCACACCUUACGCUGCCAGAUUUGUUUUUUCAAUGUCGUUUUGAAACUUAUUGGAUAGUA